UAUGAACUUUUGAUAGGCAUAUUUUAUGGCAUUGGAGCACUGGUAUAUGCCAUGAGAGUUCCAGAAAGAUGGAUGCCCGGGAAGUUUGACAUUGCUGGCCACAGCCACCAACUAUUUCAUGUACUUGUGGUGGCAGGGGCUUUUACUCAUUACCGUGCUGGGUUGGUUUGUCUCCGGUGGCGGGACCAGCAAGGGUGCUAGAACAAUUCAAGAACUGAAAAAUCAGUGAGAAUCCUUAGUAAUGCAU